UUUUGAAGGCCAAUUGUCGUCAUCGCCGACACGUUCGUCGACGUUAUAUGUCGUAGCCGUUUGACUAUAUGUGGAAAGUAGCAAUGUCGGAGGAGGUUAGGAAGGCGCUACAGUCGGUAGUGGAACGGGUGAACCAGGCGGCGGCACGGCGGCCCAAGGUAACUACAGCCCGGGACGCUCCGCUCCGGAGCACCGCUGCCGUCGCUCCACUCUCGGGGUCCGAACAAGUCGUGCUGCGGUAGCACGACUUGUUAUACACUACCAGCCCUGCCGCCCCGCCUCGUAGCGGUCAGCAAGACCAAACCCCCAGAGAUGGUUGUGGAGGCCUACAGACAAGGGCAGCGUAACUUUGGAGAAAAUUAUGUUAACGAACUUGUGGACAAAGCUUCAGACCCUCUGAUUUUAGACUCGUGUGCAGACAUCAAGUGGCACUUUAUCGGCCAUCUACAGAAGAAUAAUGUCAACAAACUUUUGGGCGUGCCAAACCUGUUCCUUGUGGAGACGGUCGACUCGGCGAAACUGGCUGACCGGGUCAACAGCUCAUGGCAGCGCAUCAGAGGAGCCAGCACGCAGAGGCUAAAGAUCAUGGUGCAGCUCAACACCAGCGGAGAACAGAGUAAACACGGGCUGCCGCCAGAGGAGACGGUGGACACAGUGAAACACAUCGUGUCCCAGUGCUCUGCCCUGCACUUCUUAGGACUCAUGACCAUUGGACGCUACGGCUACGACCUCACCCUGGGGCCCAAUCCCGACUUUCAGAUGCUGCUGAGUCGGAGGCAGGAGGUGUGUGACGCUCUGAAGAUGCCUCUGGAGGACGUCGAACUCAGCAUGGGUAUGUCCACAGACUUUGAACAUGCGAUCGAGGUGGGCUCCACCAACGUGCGAGUGGGUAGCAUCAUAUUCGGCAACAGAGAUUAUCCCAACAGUGCAGCAAACACUCCAAACCCCAGCCCGCAGCCCAGCCCAGCCCCCAGCCCCGAGAAAACGGCCAAGUCGGUGUCCGAAGAGGCCGCCAAGAAGAUGCAGCACCUCACUGUGUCUGGACACUAAGAAGAGCGUCUUCUCCUCCUCUGAUAAAUACCUUUUUUUUAAGAAAGAAUAGAAAAAAACACUCUUCACAUGCAGACUGACUAGAGCAGUGAAGCAGAUGACUUCCACAGAGCCACGUGGAGCUAUGAUUGCAGAAUUCUUGCGUACUUUUAAAGUGUAAUUGCCUAAUUCUCUCCACUUUUUUUGAGUGCCCUUCUUGCUCUUUUAAGCAUUAAAAAGUGGCAUUCACUACAAAAGUAGUUUUACUUUUUUUUAAUUUUUAUUAGUGUGUUACUAACCUAUAGUGCUUUGACUUCCUUCCCACGGAACCGUCUCCUCCAAGAUUACCGUCUACAACACAAAUGUACAACUAUUGAAAAACGAUUUCACACAAGUUUUCCAGAUAGCAGGGAGGAUUUGUUUGGGUUUGUUGCGCUGAUGCGAUAUUUUGUACCUUUCCAACACACGUGGCCAUGCUGAAACGGAGCAUCGAUUGUGCACAGCGUCCCAGAGAUCAGGGACGCCACGCGGUACAGUGUAUGCUUCGAAACAAAGACUUGAUUUAAUAAAUCACGGAUCCCUUUAUAAUGCCAUAGCAUUGUCUGUUGGAUAUUGUUUCUUAUGGUGUACUUAAUGUGUCAGAUCUCUAUUCUUGAUAUCAACAAAUCCAAGAGUAAACCUGAUGAAAGUGUUAUUUUUGUGUCUGUGCUAUGUUGUGGUGCAUUGAAAAAGAAAGGCGGGGGGGGAGGGGAAUCUAUGCAAAGUGCUGAUUUGGUUUAGUUUUUAGUUGUUUUUUUUUCUACUGCAGCUAUCAUGGCAUUGUUGCAGUGGCUUUUACAAAGAUGUCACAAAGUCUGUUUUUUUUCCGGUCUCCAU